AUGAUCAGCCAAAAGCUAAGAAAAGGAAAAUUCAAAAAGAGAAAAAGAAGAGUAAACGUGUCGUUGAAAGCGAUGACGAAGACGAUGAGGAAGAAGAUGACGAGGAAGGGUGCAGAAGAAAUGAAAGGUUUCAUCGCUGAUGAAGAAGAAGAGGAUGACGUUGAUGACGAUAAAUCUGAAAAAUCUGAGAAGUUAGAAGACGAAGAAGACGAAUUGGACGAUGACGAUAUUGAUCUUAUCCAGGAGAAUCUCGGGAACAGGAAGGAGAAGAAACAACGCAUCAUUCAACCUGAUGACUCCGAUGAGGACGUCGAUGAUCGCACUGCUAUACAAAAGAAGCUAUUUGGAGAGAAUUUCCACCCGUUGCAGGGAGAUGACGGUGAGGGCCCGUCAAGUCCUCGGGAUGAACGCAGCGAUGCGGGUUCCGAAAGGGAUCGUUAUUCGGAUUCUGAGCAGAGUGAAGACAACUUCAUAGUUAACGAAGAUGGUGGUCGGCAUACACAUAGGCAUCACAGGAGGCGAGAUGGGAAUAUGCCUGAGGGUGCGCUAGAUGAAGCACGAGACGUAUUCGGAGUUGAAGACUUUAAUUUUGAUGAAUUCUACGACGAAGAUGAAGAACCCGUUGAAGAUGAGGAUGAAGAACAAGAAGAUUUGAUGGAUGAUGAGGGCGAAGGCGAAGCAAGGGUUCGACGAGUACGAACGAAAGAGAAAAGCAGUACGCUUUUGGACACCAUGGAACCAUCUGAACUUGAGCGUGGUUUCAUGGCGCCUUUAGACAAGAAAAUACAGUUAGAAGACAAGCCAGAAAGAUUCCAAUUGCGACGAACACCUGUAACGGAAGCCGACGACAUGGAGCUGGAACUGGAGUCUAAGUGGAUUUAUUAUCAUGCUUUCUGCUCCACUUCUGUUUCUGCACAGAAAUCGACGCUCCUGGCGUUUGUGACCGAUUAUCAUGGCGAAGACCGAUCGCAGUGUGAAGAUGAGGCGAGAGAAACUAUAAAAGAGGCCUUGAAGUUUAUGCGAAACCAUCUGUUCGAGGUGCCAUUCAUAGCAUUCUACCGCAAAGAAUUAGUAAGCAACGUGCUAACGAUAAACGAUCUUUGGAAGGUCUACGAGUAUGACGAGAAGUGGUGUCAUCUUCAGAACCGGAAAAAGAAACUCGUUGACUUGAUGAAGCGCAUGCAGUACUAUCAGACUGAGUCGCUUCAGAAUUAUCGUCGUGUAGUUUCGGAUGACGACAUCAUUGAGGUUCAAAACGUAGAUACGGUAGAAGCACUGGGUGAUCUAUCAGCCCAAUUUCACGUCUACUAUGGAGCUGAAGUCGGCCGUAUGCUCGAUUGGGAAGCGGCGCAAAAAGAUAUCGAUGAGGGAGGUGACGGCACUAAUGUUCAUGGAACAAGGUUCCGACAAAGUACCCGAAAUGACCGGUAUCAAUUGUGUGUCGAUAAUGGUAUUGGUGAAAUGGUAGCAAGAUUUGGAAUCACAGCACGGCAGCUUGCUGAAAAUUUGGAUUGGAAGAAACACGAUGUAGAGCAAGACCCGGUUGCUCCCAAAGUGGCGGCAGCAGAUUACACGAGCUCGUCCUUCCCUACUCCUGAAACCGUCAUAGCGGGAGCGAUUUACAUGAUGGCUCGUGAACUAAGUCGAGAACCAAUUGCACGCGAGCGUAUUCGGUCGGUGUAUCGCGAGAAUGUAAAGCUCUACAUUCAUCCAACUCAGAAAGGUCGCGAACAUUUGGACGAAACGAGUCCCGUUUGGAAGAUGAGAUAUGUGAAGGGCAAGCCAGUAUCAUUACUGGAAGAAGACGAAUAUUUAUAUUACCAUCAAGCGAAAGUAGCGGAACACUUGGAAAUCAAAUUCGUGUUCGAGAAGGAUGUGGAUGAUACUAUGCCCGUAAGAAACCUGUCGGACGCUCUUCUAGCAGAACAGCCAUACAGGGUGGACGAGUAUUCCGAAGUUGUCGAGGAAUGGAAUUCAAUACGUGAGAAGGCCACAAGAAUGGCUAUCGAUGAGAUGGUACUUCCCUUCCUCGAGAAAGAACUGGAAGAAAAAUUGCUGGAAGAGGCGAAAGAAAGUGUUCUAUUGAAAUGUGCAAAAGCUAUGUAUACGCGGCUGGAGCCAGCAGCAUUUCAACCAACAGAAGACCAGUUGGAAGACGAAGAUGAGGAUGUCGCUCGCCAGGGAGAAGUGCGAGUGAUGGCAAUCGCGUAUCCUAGCGAUUUCAACGAGGCUUCCUUUGGAGUACUGGUUGAUCAAGAUGGAGCUGUAGUGGAUUAUUGUCGGAUGGUUCACUUCUUGAAGCGAUCCGGAGGAUACGGUCCUAAUCAGAAUCUUAAGGCGGAAUCAAUGAACUUCUUCAAAAAGUUUGUUGAACGUCGGCGCCCUCAUGUGAUAGGACUAUGUGGAGAAAACUUGGAGAGUAUCCGUCUGCGUCGAGACAUCGAGGAAUGUUUGAACGCUAUGGUAGCAGAUGGCGAAAUUUCACGAGCUCCACCAGCGGAAUCAAUGAACUUCUUCAAAAAGUUUGUUGAACGUCGGCGCCCUCAUGUGAUAGGACUAUGUGGAGAAAACUUGGAGAGUAUCCGUCUGCGUCGAGACAUCGAGGAAUGUUUGAACGCUAUGGUAGCAGAUGGCGAAAUUUCACGAGCUCCACCAGUGUACAUCCUGGAUAAUGAGGCUGCCAAAGUGUACAUGUUGUCGAAGGGAGCAAUAGCGGAGCAUUCCGGCUAUCCCCCAACGCUUCUCCAAGCAAUAUCCUUGGCCCGAUUGCUUCUUGAUCCACUAUGGGAAUAUGCACAUCUGUGGAAUGCCGACGAUGACAUUUUCUGUCUCAAUUUUCAUCCUUUACAAAGUGAAAUUAGCAAGGACGACUUGAGCAACGCGCUUUCACGUGAAAUAAUAAAUCGUGUCAAUGAAGGCUUCGGUGAGAAGAAAGCUACGCUUUACGAUAUUUCGGCUGAGUUGAACCACCGAUACAAAGAUCAACGGAGGCCUUUCAUACCUCUGAGCGACCAGGAGCUUUUCGCAUUGCUAACGAAAGAGUCCAAAAAUUCACUGAUGGAGGAAAAACGGGUUUGCGGUGUCGUUACGGGUGUUCAGUUCAAGAAAAUUCCUGAAGAUCAACGCGCAGCAUAUAUUUCUGGGCAAGAGCAUAUGCAACGGAUCCAAGAGUCAGAGUACUGGGAAUGCUCAUUCUGUCGAAUGCCUAUUACUUCUAGCAAGCUCUACGAACAUCUGCAGAUUAAGGACUCCCGGAAAGGUGGUUGUCCAGGAAUUCCUGUGGGCAUAAGAGUCAGGCUUGAUAACGGUAUCAGCGGCUUCAUUCCCAACAAAAUGAUUUCGGACAAACCAGAGUCUUUCAAAAAUCCACUUGAAAGGGUCAAGAUGAAUCAACCAAUCUACUGUCGCAUAAUUAAAUUGGAGCCUGAAAAGUUCUCUUGCCUCUUGUCGUGUCGAACAUCUGACCUCAAUAAAGAGCCAGUACCUGAGCACGAUACAUAUUGGGAUUACGACUUAGAAAAGGAAGAUAUUGAGAAAGAUCGCAGUGCUAAGAGUCUGAAGGCGGAAUGCAAUUUCACUCAUCGACAAAUCGUUCAUCCACAAUUCCACAACGUCAGUUAUCGCGAAGCGCAGAGGAUGCUGGGACAGAAGGACACGGCGGGCUCUUAUAGGACAUCAUCAUUCUACGUCGGCGAAGUCCAAAUCCAAUCGGCUAACGAUUUCUGGAAGAGGCGGAUGGUUGUAGCCAAUAUUGACGUCGAAGAGCACGACAAGGAGGAUCCAACUGAGCUUGGACGGCGGCUAACUAUUCUCGGCGAGGAUUUCGACGAUCUCGAUGAAGCGAUUGCUAGGUUUUUAUAUCCGAUGGCAGAUCUCUGCAGAGAUGUGAUGUCUCACAAGUACUUCAUGGAGGGCGUUUUCUCUGAAGAGCGUGACAGGAUCGAUGCCAGACUUCGUGAGGAAAAGCGUGCGUCACCAGCACGAAUCCCUUACACUUUGACUGCAUCGCGCACAUACCCCGCCAAAUUCGUUCUUUCCUAUCUGGCAAGGGUGAAACCGUGCCAUGAGUACAUAUCAGUGACCAGUGAAGGACUGAAGUUCCGACAGAAGUUCUUCUCCUCCCUCGAUUCUCUUCUAGCUUGGUUCAAGGUUCACUUCCGUGAGCCCCCACCUGGUGUGCAACAUCGUCGGUGA